AUGCAGCGGCUGCCAGAUAAGAAUACUCGCAGGGGCAGGGAGGGAAGAGGGGGGAGUGAUCCUAAAGUAGAGAGUAUUGGAUUUGGGAGGGAGUUGAAACAAAGGAGUCUGAUUCUUGACCGUCACUUCGAGACAAUCAAAGCACACGUGAACGCGGGCAACUCCGUUGCGAAGGAGCGAUGGGACGCCAUCGAGAGCGCGUGGGGGCUGAAGCAGAACGGUGUCGUCGACGAAGAAGACACCCGCCUGUCCGCUUCAUCCCAACAAGAUGCCGGCAGCGCGCGAGGUGCUGCACCGCCGUCUCAGCACCCACCUGCUGCUGCAGGUACCGCGAGAAGAAAGGCCGUGAAUCGCGGGAAGCAAGCUAGGGAGAAAGCUGCCAAAGGCACUUUAGGCGGCAACAUCUGCAACCCGUUCGCGAUUGGCAGCCGAGGACCGAUUGAGCGGACUCGCGGUGGAGUGAAAGAGCUCAUAUCCGGUACAAGCUUCCCACCUCCGACCCCGGAGUCCCGCCGAUCUUGUCCUCACUGUCCCAUGACCUUCGUGAACGAGCAAGGCCUUGGGGUCCACGUGAGAACGCAGCACAGCAGUGAAAACAUGUCCAACGGCGUGCGGCUGCGGCGCAUGUUACGGAAGGAUGUCGGAGGGAGUGUCCUGCCGCGGGAAGCAGCCGGGCCUGGGCGUUGUUGGCACGUGAAGUUCGAUCAUGCGACGGGGACGGCUUCGUUUGUCCUCCAGCGGAAGCGCUUUCUCGAUCUCGACUUGGAUAGCGACGGCUUUAUGGACCGCAAACCCAAGGACACUCGUGGGGCUCCCGAGAGCAGGCGAUACGACUUCAGGUUCAAAGCCCACGCGUUCUUGGAGGAUCGUCUCAAGAUUCCCUACAGCAAUAUGGUGAAGUGGGCCAAGAACGAGAAGGAAUUGGUCACGGCGGCAGCCGAUGACGUAAAGAAGAGCCUCCUCACCAAACAGCAGCCUAAGCGAAAGCUGGAGGUGUCGACCCUGUGGCUGACGAUCACGUUCCGGAAGCUCGUGCGAGAGAUGUACCCUGGGGAUCAACGAGUAGCGUCCUGCCGCGCAUCCUUCAGGUGGGCGCGAAAAUGGGCCAAGAGGCAUAACCUGUCCAAAAGACGCCGGACCAACCUCAAGAACAAGUCUUGCGAAGAGCGGCUUCCAAAGAUCCAGCGCUUCCACCGGCUGUUUCGCAAGCUCCUGCAAGAGCCGGUGCGGUACAGGGCGUCCGAUUAGUCCGACGUGUCGGCAGUCAC